UUACUCGUAGACUCACACCAAUCGGGCUUGCUGAAUUGAAUGAACCGUGAUUUCACAGCAAUCGGCAUCUACACCUUCGUCUGGUGGCUCUACGAGAACGUACUUUCAUCCCUGAUCAGUAUCAUUUGGUAUUCGGGAAAGCAGCUGAUUUUUGCUCGACAAAAAUUGUCGGAUCGUUACGGAUCAUGGGCAGUGAUUACCGGAGCUACCGAUGGCAUUGGCAAGGGUUACGCAGUGCACUUGGCUCGCAUGGGAAUGAAUCUGGUGCUAAUUUCGCGGAGCGAGCCGAAGCUGAUUAACGUAGCACGAGAGAUUCAGAACAAUUUCGGGGUGCAGGUCAAAUGGAUCGUGGCGGAUUUUUCCAACGGGGCGACCGUUUAUUCCCGUAUCUGGAAGGUGCUGAAGUUUAUUGACGUCGGAAUACUGGUAAAUAAUGUGGGAUACAUGCCGCAGCGGUUGGAUGUUUUCGAUGCUCACACGGAUGACGUCUAUUUGCGGAUGGUGAACGUCAACGUGCUGUCAGUGCUGCUGAUGACUCACAUGGUGUUGCCUCACAUGAAGCAAGUGCGUCGUGGAAUUAUCGUUAACGUUUCGUCUCAUACGGCAUACUAUCCCGCGGCCUACAUGACCGUGUAUUCAGCAUCAAAAGCAUUCGGACACAACAUGACACUCGCUUUGCAAAAUGAAUUGCGUGGAACUGGCGUAGAAUGUCAAUUGGUGGUUCCGCAAUUUGUUAGAACCAACAUGACAGGUCCAUUGGAUUUAUCAAUGUUCGGAGGGUCGCUGGUUCCGGAUGGGAUUAGUUACGGACGGUGGGCCACGUGGACUAUCGGGAAGACCAAUCAUACGUCUGGCCAUUGGUACCAUUCAAUUCAGCUACCGUUACACAGAUUGAUUCCGUCGUCACUUUUCCGGGUUAUAAGUGGGAAAAUAUGUGAAAGACUCAAAAAAAUCCAAGAUAAAGAGGUACAGAAUAUGAGCACUAAGCGCUAGGCUGAUGAUAUGAAGCUAUGAUAACAUCUUUUAAUGUGUCAAUAAUACUAGUCUAGCAGUCCAGUCAUCGUUCUGUCAGAGUUGACAGGGCUGUAACUGUAACCUCGCAAUUGCGGAAUCCUGCGAAAGCACUUCGACGCUUUGUGAUCUUACAAAGAUUUUGAUUCCAGUCUGCAUGAAUUGAAAGCGGGUUAACAAAGAUUGAGGCUUUAAAAAAAUAAAAUUAAUACAAAAUUGAAUAGUUAAACCUUUUAGCAACAAGAAGUACUUAGACUUCAAAGUAAACAAGCCAAAAAUCUACGUUUAUCUGAUUUUUUGCAGAAAUGAAAAAUUGAAAGUAAUGAUAUUUUUGUACACCAUGUUCCAAUAAACAGAAUUU